GCAUAAUUAUUGUCCGUCAGAAUGAGAUUUGACCUCCCGCUUUGUUUGCUGUGUUAUGGUGACCUGGCUCCUAAACGCACCAUGGCUAUUGAUUUGGCUGCAUCUUUAAUUUGUUUAUCCGUUUUUAAACCUUUCCACUGUUCCCAGCGAGUCCGACGAGCCCAUCUAGAUGCCUGUGAGGCAGGCAGAGAGGAAGGGAGAAGGAAAUCAGCCGCCGUUGCGCAGCAUAUCUGAGGAUGAUUCAUGUGUGAGAGGCAGAGCCCGCUGCAGAGCAGGAAGCAGUUUGGACCAGCGCUCCGAACCAGGAUCAGCCCAGCCUCCUCAGAGCUGGAGACCCUCUCCCCACCUCGGCUCUCACCCUCGCCCCGUGCCCUCCUCAGCGACAUGUACCCUGAAGAGAGCCGAGGCUCUGGAGGGGUCGCCGCUGUGGACUUCCUAGAGGGGACGUACGACUACGCCGCCCCCACCCCUGCCCCAACUCCUCUUUACAGCAGCUCCACCACAGGGUACUACUCUGCUCCUCUGGACGCCCAUGGACCUCCGUCUGAUGGCAGCCUGCAGUCUCUGGGGAGUGGGCCAACCAGUCCUCUGGUGUUUGUGCCCACCAGUCCAAGACUCAGCCCCUUUAUGCACCCUCCCGGUCACCACUAUCUGGAAGCUGCUUCAACUCCCAUCUACAGAUCCAGUCACCAGCCAGCCUCCAGAGAGGACCAGUGUGACGCCCGUGACGAGGCAUUCAGUGUGGGGGAGUUAGGAGCCGGAGCUGGGGGGUUUGAGAUGGCCAAAGAGACACGUUUCUGUGCCGUGUGCAGCGACUACGCCUCUGGGUACCACUAUGGGGUGUGGUCCUGUGAAGGCUGCAAGGCCUUCUUCAAGAGGAGCAUUCAAGGUCACAAUGACUAUAUGUGCCCAGCGACCAAUCAGUGUACUAUUGACAGGAAUCGGAGGAAGAGCUGCCAAGCUUGUCGUCUAAGGAAGUGUUACGAAGUGGGUAUGAUGAAAGGAGGUGUGCGCAAAGACCGGGGUCGCGUUCUGCGGCGUGACAAAAGACGAGGCGGCGACAGAGACAAGGUUGGUAAAGGCGUGGAGCAGAAAGCAGCAACGCAUCAUGAUGGGAGAAAACGCAGCAACAGCAGCCCGGGUGGAGGAGGGAGAUCUUCAAUGAGCAGUCUUCCUCCGGAGCAGGUGCUCCUCUUGCUCCAGGGUGCCGAGCCCCCAAUUCUCUGUUCCCGUCAGAAGCUGAGCCGACCCUACACCGAGGUCACCAUGAUGACCCUGCUCACCAGCAUGGCUGACAAGGAGCUGGUCCACAUGAUCGCCUGGGCUAAGAAGCUUCCAGGCUUUCUGCAGCUGUCCCUCCAUGACCAGGUUCUGCUGCUGGAGAGCUCCUGGCUGGAGGUUCUUAUGAUUGGGCUAAUUUGGAGGUCCAUCCACUGCCCUGGAAAGCUCAUCUUUGCACAGGACCUCAUACUGGACAGGAACGAGGGCGACUGCGUCGAGGGUAUGACCGAGAUCUUUGACAUGCUGCUGGCCACUGCUUCCCGCUUCCGCAUGCUCAAACUCAAACCGGAGGAAUUUGUCUGCCUUAAAGCGAUCAUUCUGCUCAACUCUGGCGCCUUUUCUUUUUGCACUGGAACAAUGGAGCCCCUUCACGACAGCGCAGCGGUGCAGAGCAUGCUGGACACCAUCACUGAUGCGCUUAUACAUCACAUCAGCCAAUCAGGCUUCUCGGUUCGGGAGCAGGCGAGGCGGCAGGCCCAGCUGCUCCUACUGCUUUCCCACAUCAGGCACAUGAGCAACAAAGGCAUGGAGCAUCUGUACAGCAUGAAGUGUAAGAACAAAGUGCCUCUGUAUGAUCUGCUGCUGGAGAUGCUCGACGCUCACCGCCUCCACCGCCCCGUUAAAUCAUCUCAGUCCUUGUCCCAGGCUGAACGAAGCCCCCCCUCCACCAGCAGCAGCAGCAGCAGCGGUGGGUGCUCCUCCUCGCCAGGUUCCACUUCAGGACCUCGAGGCAGUAUCGAGAACCUGAGCAGAACCCCUUCAGCACCAAGCGUCCUGCAGUUUGGAGGCUCCCGCCCUGACUGCACCAACACCGUGUGAGUCGGAUCCGAAGCAUCACCUGAAGCUCAGAAGCGUUUCUGACGUUUGAAAGUGAAGCUUUAAGCUAAUGUUAGAUUUAAUUUCAUUAGAGAAUUAUUUAUGAGUGAAAUAAAGUGAUUUUAUAGCUGACGGGGAGAGGUCGCUCUCUUAAACUUCACGUCAGAACAAUCUGAGCCUCAAAGCCAUUCAUCUUAUUUGCUUCUUUAUUUUCUUAAUAUCUAUAAUUUUUUUUAUUUUUAGCAGCUUUUACUAAAGCUUUUAUUUUGAAAGACAGCAGGUAUUUGGGUCUUGUUGUGGCACUCUGUUAGCAUCGCUACAGCUUGAGAUGAGCAGCUAAUUUUUCUGUCGACCAAAGUGCACUUCCUCUUUGAUCGUAGGGGUUCAUGGGCAUUAUUUUUACUUUUGCAUAAGAGAGAUAAUUACGCGUUACGAUUAUUUGGGGGAAUUUGUCACCUUUUGACAUGAGCCAAGGGUGAAAUGUGAUGAAUCUGAGAUUGAGAAAAGUCCUGAGAGCACUUAGAUUACAUGCUAAAGACUGAAUCUUUUAUUUUCCAUGAAUGUUGGUGGACAGAAAGUUAGUUUCUGUUGCUUUAAUGCUACAAAUGUCUGAAUUUAUGUGUUAAAUACGUAUUUGUGUGUGUGUGUGUGUAUAAAUGCAUGUGUGUUUUCAGCACAGAGGCUGUAAGUGAGAGACAGGAGGGUGUUUUCAUUGAUUUGAUGCACAGAUUGGUCUUAAUGCAGUUGUUCAAGAUUUCAAACACAAACUGUUGCUCAUUUUUCACUAAUUAAAUGAGAUGUGUUGAGUUUA